AAUAAUUUUUCAUUUUUUUGUACCAAAAUGUCAUCUACAGCCCGAACUGACGUUCACUGUCUCCGCAAAUGUCGCAUACGCAAUUGUCUUAUCACCAAUCCCCGUUCACUGGCACUCAACCGACUCUUCUAGUUUGGACACUCAACCGGCUACACUCAACUGGCUUGGCUUCAUUCCCCGCUCUCACCGGACAGCACUCAACUGACCAAAGGGUUUUGGGACACUUAGGCGCAGGCUCAUUUAAAAUAGAAAAUUUUUAAAGCCCUUGCGCCUAAAUAGGCAUUACCAAGUUUUUUUGUCAUCUGUAUUUUUUGGAAUUAGCACUUUUGCGUUAAAAAGCUAUUGUCUCUUUUUGAUAGAUUUUUUGAUUUUUUUCAUUGUUGUCCGACUCAAUUUCUUCAGGGAUGUAUAUUUGGAUGACUCAUUUCUUUGUUUUUUAGUCAACUUUCUUUUUGUUCUAAUUCAAUUUAGAGGUCAGUAUGAGAGGAGCCCGAGCGGGAUUUUACAGGAUCCUGUCCUGGAAUCUCGGGGUUUUAAACGCCAAACGGGAUUACCGAGAUCUACGGGGAUUUAAGGGAGUAAUCCUGCGGAGUCCCCCACACCCUCACGGCAUUUUGGAAAAACUCCAGUCAAAGGAUUUUGGGAACGCUGCGAUUUUACUUGGGAGGGAACGCGAGCUAGAUAUGGCCACCUUCGAACAUUAAAAAAAUUUUUUACCGACCUCUAAUUUUGUCCUUUAUUAAAUUUAACAUUUUUUUUCAAAUUUUAGACAAGACUUAAAAAUACCAAAUGAGUUCAAAAUCUACCAAUGAUACCAAUAUUUUUGCCAAUAGCUUGCCUGCUGUUUCGUGUACCACAGAUAUUCGUUCUCAACUAAAUUGUGAAGAAGAGGAUGUUGCACAACAAAUUAUACCUUUGGAUGCUAUUGGAAAUUUUCUUGUCCUUUUAAAAUCUGGAAAAGUUAAGAAAAUUGAUGAAAGGAUUGAUGGGUCUACUUGCACUAUUGCUGACUACAAAAGACAUGUUAAGCUUGCUUACAAUCAAUUUUUUGGAUCAAUUAUUGCUCUAGACGAACAAUUAGUGUGUGCCCGCCGUGAAUAUAACGGCCAAUUCCAUAUGGCUAAUAUGCUUACUAGAGUUGUCGAUUUAGAAGAUGUUUUCCCUGUUGAAUUUGCAGUUGGGGAGGAGAUGAUUUGGCGUUGCUUUCUUUCAUCACAGGAUUUGCAACGGGCGCCGGAGAUGAAAAAGUUCCUCAUGGCUUUGAAUCAAAGAAGUACUGAAAGUAGAAAAUCGGACUUCGCAGCAGCUGUCAUCGACAUGAAUAUCAUGCAAAUGUUUGUUGAAUUGAAUGUUUUGAUUGCUGCAGAUCGGAAACGUCCUCCUUUGAAUAAUGAUUUUGCUUCAUUUUCUUAUGCUUAUUUGUUGCUAGAACGGCUUCGACUUUUACUUUGUCCACUUAAACCUUAUUCACCCUUUGACGGUCGUCUUUCUGGUAAAUUUAGGACAGAAGAAGUUGGUGAUUUGAUGCAUGUUACUUCUUCAAUAUCUAAAGAUGUGAUGAAUGUGGAAUCUGCUAGACGUCUUUCUUUCUACCGAUGGCCUCAUAAAGACUUUAAGUAAGGAGAAUUUUUGGAAUCUGAUUUUAAUUGAAUGUUUUAGAGACAUAUUCUGUGAAAUAUAAGAAGGAAUUUUCCCAUUUUCCUAAAAUUUAGUUGAGGUAGAGGCAUGCUUGUAGCCAGUAUUUUUUUCAGGGGGGAGGGGCAAAGGGGAAAAAUUACCCCUGGCUACGGGCCUGGGUAGAGGAAUCGGGAUUACGUAAUAGCGCUUCUGUUUGUGUUCUAUUUUUCCGUCUAAAAUUUUUUUCAAAACCCGUUUGCCUUAUGGGUUGUCGGUUAUAGGAUUGCCGGUUCAAAACCUAAUUGAAGAAGCGGAGAUUUUUAAUCGAGAGAGAUUUUCAUUAUUCAGAUCGUUUUUGGAUAUUUGGAGAUUUUUCAAGACCUUAGUUAAGAGAAUUUUUAGAUUAGAUU